CUUUGAAAAUAAACGGAAGAAAGUGGGAUGAUGUUGCAGUCAUAACGUCAAGUCUGUGGAACUCGCAAGCUAUUUUCUUGGUUGACCAUUAAGCAUGUUUUAAACCCUUAAGAGACUAAGAAAGCAUAGAUCGCAAGCAUGUCACCCGAACUAGAAAAGUGCGCUCGGAACCUGCUUGUAUGUGAGAAGUCUAAUUUUAGAGACGAGAGGGCUCGUUAUGAUACCCACGUGUCGAAACACUUCUUCAACUACAAGGUAUCUGUUGUCAUACCCGAGUGUGCAUCCUUGCCAGCAUCCACCAGAACAGUAAUAGACUCUUUCAGCUCCUACUAUUGUGUUCGCGACCUGCCAGCAUAUAAACUUCUCGAGAAAGACAUUCUUCAGAAAGUCGUGACGAAAGGCCAUUUCUAUGCACUGUCUUAUGGUACCAGAAUUGAUGAGGAUAACACAAUAGCGUUCCUGCCAAGUGGGCAUCUGGUCAUGUCUGUCGAUAAGGAUACCUACGAACUCCUGGGAUUGGAGGGUAAACCAUCACAGUACACCCACAGGAAGGUGCAGAGAUAUGUUGUGAAUGUUGACUUGACAGACAAGUCGAUGAGUCCAGGUUCAAAGAAAUUCCAGCGGCUAGUAACCAGUUUGAAAGAACGGGUGCCAAUUAAAUGUGACUUUUUGAUUGCCACAAAAAUGACAGCAAACGAUGAUGUCGAGUCACUGCACAGUCUAAUGUCCCAGUACAGUUAUAAAGAGUACAGUGCUGCUGUGCAGACACACACCCUGAAGGAAACACCCUGCCCCUCACUACACUCCUCUGACCUGCGUGGAAAAGAGGAGUCUUGUGACCCCCAUCGUUUCCUCGAGUGGCUUGGUGCCGUCAAUAUGGACAUCACUUGUGACAACGAGGCUUCCAGCUUCCUUUCUACGUAUGCUUGCCCAGAGCCGCGGGGUGUGAUGAGCCAGGGGUUGCUGUGCACCAUCACCGGGUUUCUGAUUCCCGAGGACAUACACGCUCUUCUGAUGGAGCUCAGGAAUUAUUUUGAUCAGCCCAAGUUCACCUCGUGGUUGUCAAUGACCGUGCAUGGCUUUGCAGACAGUCCAGUCUCCUGGGGUACUACAGAGCAUGGGUUCCUGAAGGGUGGAGAACAUUUCUACAACUUCGUCUGCUUUCAGAAUCAGGACUACUGGCUUCACAUGGCUACAGGCUCACACGAUGGUUGUCCACCCUAGUAGUGGAAGGAGAUGGUCGACUUUUUCCUCAAUUUUUUUUAACUUAUUUUUCACCUUACCAGAGGUAGCAACUACAAAUACAUUUUGUUAAACAACCAUUCAAUAAACACAUGAUGACAUGGUAUAUGAAAUAGGUUUAUUUUGAAACCUGUAUAUAUCUUAAGCACCUAAUAAUAAAAAAAACUUUACAGAUUGUA